AUGGAUGCCCACCACGCGUCGUAUCCUUUUCUGGAAGUUCCGCGCGACGGAAACCCGCUGGCGAAACCAAAGACGCUGCCCCGCCCCUCCCAAAGGGGCGUGGGAGGCUUCGCAACUGCCUUUGGGGCUUCGCAAGCGUCCCUUCACGCUCUUACUACUGCCACCAUCUCUCCUGCUAUAGACGACACUCCACCUGCCCUCUCUCAUUCCCCUUCCGAACCAUAUGCCAACACUUUUUCUAUGAUUCUUGCCAUUUUGUUUCCUUCUCACCUGCUGCGGGCGGCCUCCCCUCCCCACCCGCCUGCCGCGGCGGCCUCCCCUCCCCACCGCGGCCGCCUCCCCCCCCCCACCCGCCUGCCGCGGCCGCCUCCCCCCCCCCCACCCGCCUGCCGCGGCCGCCUCCCCCCCCCGACCCGCCUGCCGCGGCCGCCUCCCCCCCCCGACCCGCCUGCCGCGGCCGCCUCCCCCCCCCGACCCGCCUGCCGCGGCCGCCUCCCCCCCCUUCCCCCACCCGCCUGCCGUGGCCGCCCCCCCCCCCCCCCCCCCCCACCCGCCGGCCGCGGCCGCCGCCCCCCCCCCCCCCCCCCACCCGCCUUCCGCGGCCGCCGCCCCCCCCCCACCCGCCUGCUGCGGCCGCCGCCCCCUCCCCCCACCUGCCGCUCCCCCCCCCCCCCCCCCCCCCCCCCACUCCCCCCCCACCCGCCUGCCGCGGCCGCCCCCCCUCCCCCCCACCACCCGCCUACCGUCGCCGCCGCCCCUCCCGCCACAUCCGCCGCCCCUUUUACCACAUCCGUCGCCCCUCCUGCCACAUCCGCUGCCCCUCCUGCCACAUCGUUUUCUUUUUCCGAACAAGCUGUCACUCUUUGUUAUAGCCGCCACCUCACCUGCCAUAGCCGCCACCCCACCUGUCACAGCCACCACUUCACCUGCCACAUCUCUUACCACUCCCAAACCAUCCGCCACAAGUUCUUCAGCCACCACCUCUCCUGCUACAACCGCUACCUUUCAUGUAUAUCGUACAUCUCUCUUGUGUUGCUUGAGAAAUCUCCGCGUGCGCAUCGCUCUGGUGCCACGAGAUAG